AGAGAAAAGAAAAAUUUACGUGAGCAUCCUAUCGUGGAAGUCAGUGAGCCCCAUCCUGCAGCGAUAGACAAAGCCCUUGGAAAACACAUUACACCAAUCACCUUGAAAUCAACCAUCAAAAGAAAUCCUCUUUACAGUGAUGUCUUCCCUGAUGACAGCUGGAAGGAAGGGAAAAAAUACCCAUCCUGGACUGUCCAAGACUAUGACAGACAUUCCUUAAACUCUAGCCUGGCUCACUAUCUAAAGGUACAAUUCCGCAAAAUCGCAUCUGCCCCCACAAAAAAAUUAUACCGGGGUCGGUAAUGUGAUGCCCAUAGACACCCACGCACCCAUAGAGACCUUCCCUGAUUCGCACAUGUCCUCUCCCCCGGCUGAAAUUAGACAUGAAAGAAGCAUUCUGUUUCAGCCAAGUCAAUAGGUUGGGGUAAUGCCAGCAACACUUUCUCUGGUUUGCAAAUAUAAGCAUGGGCCCCAAGAGGUUGGCAACCCCAGAACUACACUGUUUUAUUUGUGCCUGAGAUACUGGACAUUUAAGUACCUGGGGAAAUUAGGUACCGCACAGAGCAAAGGGAGCACUAAGCUUUGGGACUGCUUGCAGAAGCCCAGAUCCUAACUUUUGGCUCUGUGAAUGGAAAACACUUCCAUUCAUGGGAGGAAAGUUGCACUUAUGGGAGGGGUCGUUCUGUGAAUGGAAUAAGUUCCUAUCGACAGUACGAAAAGCCAGGAUGCAAGUCAGUGUGCUUUCAUUCUUUCUAAAUUGUUUAUUGUUGCUCCAUUAAGCUUCCAUGCCAAAGACAGGAUUCUAAAGUUUCACAAGUAUGUAAACUGGUCAGUCACACUGAGUCGGCUGUGUACCUUUUUAGGUAUGAAGGUGCCCCCCCCCCCAUCUAGCCAUCAUGCUACUAAGUGGAAGCCUCUGAGCCAUGGGUAAGCAAACUAAGGCCUGGGGGCCAGAUCCAGCCCAAUCGCCUUCUAAAUCCGGCCUGCGCACAGUCUGGGAAUCAGUGUGUUUUUACAUGAGUAGAAUGUGUCCUUUUAUUUAAAAUGCAUCUCUGGGUUAUUUGUGGGGCAUAGGAAUUCGUUCAUCCCCCCCAAAAAAUAUAGUCCGGCCCCCCACAAGGUCUGAGAGACAGUGGACCGGCCCCCUGCUGAAAAAGUUUGCUGACCUGUCUGAACUGUUGCAGGUUGGACCCUUGGACAGAUCUGGGGUGGCCAUAGUUCAUUUUGUGGCGGCAGCCAAAAUAUAUUCAACUGCAUGAUGUUGUUGUUGUUUAUUGUCUACGCACAAGAAAGAACCCAGUCAAUUUUCUUGCAGGAAAACCCAAACGACCUGCAGUACUGGUUGGAAGAUAUUUACACACCAGGAUAUGACACGCUGCUGAAAAAGAAAGAGAGGGAAAGGAAACACUCGCGAUGGUGCCUCAUUGCGCUGCUCCUGACAUUGCUGGUUUGCGUCAUCAUAACAACGGUGACAGUUUGUGUUCUGUUUACCUGA